CGUUUCCUGUCCCCGAGCGUCCUCAAAUCACCAUCGCAACCACAGCCCCAUGUACGCGGAUGUCACCAAUUCAAACACCGGUUAAACCGAAACAACUCCCACAAAGCGGAUGUAGUAUCUACGUAUUCAUGUGUUUACAGAGGAAGCUGCUAAAUGAACAUGGCAGAAAGGGAAGUGGACGCUAGCCGUGAUGCUAGUGAGUCAACACAUAUAAAUGAUCAUUCAGGCGGUUCAGUGUCGCCGGAAUCUCCUGAAGAUGAAGGCUCGGACAGCCCCGCACCAACGUACACUCAGGACCUCCGAAGCGUCCUGGUCACCAGCGUUUUAAACCUGGAGAAGCUCGACGUAGACUUGUACAGAGGGACUCACCACUGGGUGCCCCGCAGUCAGCGUUUGUUUGGGGGUCAAAUAGUCGGCCAGGCCCUGGUGGCUGCAGCCAAAUCUGUCGACGAUAAUCUCUAUGCACACUCUCUCCACUGCUACUUUGUACGAGCAGGGGAUCCUAAGGUUCCAGUGCUGUACCAGGUGGACCGCACAAGAGAUGGUCGCAGUUUCACGGUACGCUCUGUGAAGGCCAUCCAGCAUGGAAAACCUAUACUGAUCUGCCAAGCGUCCUUCCACAUGCUGCAGCCAAGUCCCCUGCAGCACCAGUUCACCAUGCCAGUGGUGCCUCAGCCUGAAGACCUCCUCACUGUAGAACAGCUUAUCCAGCUUUAUCUCAGUAAACCAGACGUGGAGGAGAAUGCAAAACAUGGCCUUAACAAACUGCUGGCUAAUGAGGUCCCCAUUGAAAUAAAGCCAGUCAACCCAGAACAACUUUACAGGCCUGCUGCAACUGAGCCGAAGAAGCUGUUUUGGGUGCGAGCGCGAGGAUAUAUUGGUGAAGGCAACAUGAAGCUGCAUUGCUGUGUUGCGGCUUAUGUAUCCGACUUUGCGUUUCUGGGCACUGCACUGCUGCCUUUUCCCAACUACAAAGCCCAGUUCACUGCCUCACUGGACCACGCCAUGUGGUUCCACAGCACUUUCCGCAGUGAUGAGUGGAUGUUGUAUGAGUGUGAGAGCCCGUGGGCAGGGAGCAGUAGGGGACUGGUUCAAGGGCGACUGUGGAGAAGAGACGGGGUGCUGGCUGCCUCGUGUUCCCAGGAGGGCGUCCUGAGAGUGAAACCAGUCCCAGAGCCCAGCAAACUAUAGGCACAUUCCUAAGCUCUUUCUAAGAUGUAUCAUGUGUAUACUCUAAUCAUAGAGAUAAUAUUUAAUUUUAAGACACAAAAAUAGUAAUAUAACAUGAGUUCAUGAUUGUUUUAUUAUGAACAUGCAAACUUCUAAUUUAUUUCCUGACAAUAAAUAAUACAGCGGAAAUAAA